AUGUGGAUGCAGGGGGUGCUGGUGUUUCUGCUCUCCGGGCUGUCGGCACCGGGCCGGGCCCAGCCCCUGCGCUGCCGGGUGGGGGAGCAGCUGCCGGCCAGCGCCCCCCAGGACCUGGGACCCCCCGAGGCCGCCCUGCUGCGCGACGUCUCUGGCCUCUUGCGCUUCAUCCGUGCCCAGCUGCGGCAGCUCGCCAGGACGGAGAGGGGAGGCGCCCCCCUGCUGCCCCCCAGGGGUCCCCCUGCCCCACACCACCUGCUAGCUGGCCUGGAGAUUGGCCUCUGCUCGCAGUCCCAGGACCCUCAGCCCAUGGCGUUGUUGGAGGGAAAGGAGGCCGCUGGUCGCCGCCAUCUUGGAGUGAGAACGAGGCCGGCCGGAGGGGGGAGGGGCCGAGUCGAAGCCCCGCCCCCACCCCGGGGCAGCUGCCGCAACUGUCGGGCGGCUGCGCGCGGGAGCCGUUGCGGGGCCGGGCCACGCUGGCGCCCCCCGGUCCGUUUCCUGCUGGGCUCUGCCCCGGACAAGGCGCCCCCCAGCCCGGAGCCCCUGGCCCCCCGGGCCCCCCCUGGCACCGGCGUGGCGGAGGCUGGGCGGGCGACAACGGGGUUCAGGGAGGCGGCGGGGGACCUGGCCACCCCCGAGCUGCACACCAGCCUGGCCCUGGGCGAGGAGGUUCGGGUGGCCACCCACCAGGGCUUCGACGCCCACCGGGCUGCCCAGGAGCUGCUGGUCACAUCCUUCCUCGCCCGCUGCAGUGUGGAGGGCAAGGCGGCCGCAGGUAUGAACAUCCCCCGGGAGCAGCAGCUGUACCAGGGGCUCGUGAGCCUGCAGGUGCCCGCAGAGGAGGUGCUGAGCUGCGCCCUGCAGGAGAAACUGUCACUCGUCCGAUCGCAGCCUGAACCCCGCAGGGAGCCCGUCCCCGAAGGCCCGGACCUGCUGAUGUUCUACGAGCCCCAGGAGCUGGUCGCGGAGACCCCGUACCUGGGCGUGGAGGGGCUGCCCCCCCUGCGGCUCCAGCCCCAGAUCCGACCCCCGGCCUCCACCUUCCUCAUGUUCCGCAAGCUCCAGCAGUGGGAGGCCUAGCGGGGCCGGGAUGCGGCUGCCCCCUCGCCCCUCCCUGACCCGUGUGGUUCUCACCCUUUGUACCCGGCCCCCCAAUAAACCCCCCUCUGGGCUCAGCUGCGGUGCCUGAACAUUGGGGCGCCCCACGUGGGCUGUGGCUCUCCCACGGGCAGGGUGGUGGAUUGUGUUUCCCAGCAUUCCUAGGGGCGGGGGGAGACAGCCCAUAGUUCCUGGGCUCCAGGGAACAGGGCUCUGCACGUGGGGGGGGGGGGGAAGCGCCUAUAUGUCCCAGUCGCCCUUGCGCGACGGGACUCCAUUUCCCAGGAGGCCCAGCGGCGGCCAAGGCCCUUUUCCCGUCGUGCCCCGCGGGCAGGGAUGGCGGGCGCGAGCGGGCCGCGGCUGUCGGCGGCGGAAUUCGAACGGGCGAAGCUGAGUUACCUGGACACCAUCACCCAGGAGCUGCAGGAGGCGGCCGGGCUGAUGGGGCAGCUGGACCGGAACCUGAGCGCCUGGGCCCGGCGGGCGGGGCAGCCGGAGGCGCUCGCCCAGGUGUGGCACCGCUUCCAGGCCCAGCUGGCUUCCGGGUGUGCUGCCCCAGGGCCCCCCCGGGCUCCUACGGCCCGGCCCUGACCCACCGCUGGAGGGAGAUGGGAGCCCCUGCUGCCCCCCCCCAAUAAACGCUGCCUCCGGCCUUGCUCCGCAUCCUGUCUCGCUCCUUCUCGCCGCCCCCCAGGCGCCACGCGGGGGCAAUAAUUGCUAACGGACAUUUCCGGCUAAGCAACGGAAGGGGAAUCCUACCUGAGAGCACAGUGACUUCGGAAAUAGCCUCAUUACAAAUGCACUAGCCAACGCACACUAAACGCAGCCUGGAUUUGUUGAUUUAAGGACGCUGACGUUGUGUAUUUCAACAGAGGGCCUUGACCAGUUGUUUCAACUGUUUAUAAAUCUUUAACUUUUUGUCUCAA